CUGAUUCGGCCCAAUAGGGCCCACAAACGAUCGUCUCCGUGCUCCCUCUCCUUCCUCAUUCCGUCGGAGAAUCUUUCUCAGUCUGAGGAUCCUCUCUCUCUUUCUCUCUCUUCUCUCUUCAAUGGCGACAACCCUAGAAACCAUCUCCGAAGCUCUCCAACAAAUCGACUCCAAGAAAUCCGACCUCAAAAAGGCCUUCGACGACCUCCAAUCUAACUCCUCUCUCCUCAUCUCCUCCUUCUCUCUCUCCUGGUCCGACCUCGACUCCCACUUCACCUCCCUCCAAUCCUCCCUCACCGACCAAUUCAACCUCCUCCAAACCCUACAAUCCCAAUCCACCGCCGACCCCGAACCGCCGGCUGGACCGGCCGCGGAUGACGCCGAACCGGAGCCUGAGCCGGAGUCGGCCCCGCCUCGGCCGGAGCUGGUCGCCUUCUGCGAGAAGAUGGACGGGCUGGGGCUGAGGAAGUACGUCAACGAGACGUCGAAGGAGAGGAACGCCGUCAGGGCGGAACUCCCGAGCGCGCUGCGGCGGGCGUCGGACCCGGCGGCGAUGGUGCUCGACGCCAUGCAAGGGUUCUUUGGGGAGGGAGAGAAGAGGAAAGGAGAUAAAGACCUUGCCUUUAACGCUCUGAGGAGGAGUUGCGUGUUGUUGCUGGAGCAGUUAAUGGCGGUUCGUCCGAAUGUGAGCGGUGAUGUGAGAGAGAGAGCGAAGGCUUUGGCUGCGGAGUGGAUGCGGAAGGGGAAAACCAGUGCCGACGGCCCGUUGGAGUCUUUGGGGUUCUUGCAUUUGGUGGCGGCUUAUGGAUUGCUUUCGGAGUUCGAUUCCGAUAAGAUUCUUGACCAUUUUGUUUUCAUCGCGAGGCAUCGUCAAGCAAUCCAAUUGUGCCGGAAAAUGGUCCCGGAGGAUAAUGUGAAAGAUCUCAUUCAGAAACUUGUAAGUAAUGGCAAACAGCUUUUAGCCGUUAAAUUUAGUUAUGAAUUUAAGCUGACUGACGAGUUCCCACCAGUUCCCCUCUUGAAAGACUAUGUGAAGGAAUCCAAGAAAAUCGCUAAGAAAGUUUGCGAAGAAGGAAAAAACUCCCUCAAAUCACAGAAUGAGGCCACAGCCAAGGAAACUAGUGCUUUGAAAGCAGUGAUAAAAAUUAUUGAGGAGCACGAGCUUGAAUCUGAGUAUCCAAAAGAGUUUCUUGAGAAGCAAAUUGAGAAUCUGGAGAAGCAGAAGGCAGACAGAAAGCGUCCUGCACCUACUGCUACUGCUUCAAAGUCUUCUCAGCCACAACAUCAUCCAACAAAGCAGCAGCAAGGAAAAGCGAAGCAGAAGCAGCAGAGUGGACACAAGCGUCCUCGAGCAGAUGCUUCAUUGGGUCCUACACCAUUUGCAAAGAUUUUCAGGGGAGCAAAUUCAUCUCUUCUCUCAUACCAACCAUCUCAUUUCCAGUCGACAGGUUUGUCGGCAGAUGAUCCCGCUCCAUAUGCGAGCUCAUCAGCUGCACCUUAUGGCAUGUCAGGCCUUGUUCCAUCAGCUAACCCUUAUGCGGGUUCGUCAGCUGGGGUAUAUGGUUUGGAAGGAACCCCAAGGGGUGUUCAUGGGAACCCAACUUUAGCUGGUUUCCGUUCAUACACAACCGAACCAUAUGAGCAAUCUGCCUAUUAUGACAGGCCAACUUCCUAUGGUCAUGGUGGAUAUGGUUUACCACCCCAAUACCAUCAAGCUUACUUUCCCUCUUAGUGUUUGGUGCUUUUUGUGUCUUUGAUAGUACUUUUUUGGAUGGCAAAAUAGAUUUUGCCAUUUUGGUGAUGGUGGCUAUCGGAAGGCAUAGUUUGCGUUUUUGAUCCACCUGAUUAUCGGUACAGCAGCUAGAUUUGGUGACUAAGAUAUGUGAUUGCUUGUUUGUUCUCACAUGUCUAAUUAUUUAACCAGUUUUCUUUUGCCAA